AUGUUCACUUUUCCCCUUCAUUCCUGUUCGCUGGGCAAAGCUGUAGUCAUGCUGAGCUUCCUUGGUUAUCCUCCCAGUGUAAAUAUGUCCAGUCAGUCAGAUGAGGAGAACGAGGUCCAUCCUCUUGUAUCAAAUCUAUUAGAACAAAAGUUCAUACCGCGAACAGGCCAUGGGUUCCGAUAUGACAGAGACGAAAUGAUUCGUUUGUCCACCGUCCCUUUGAGUUUGCAACGUCCUGAGAAUCUUUCCGUCGAGUUCAACGGUGAGGAUGGGAAGUUCUCUCCGUACAAAUGGCUAGAACAUCGUUGGGAGGUUGAAGGAAUCAAGAAUCGAGCGCCAACGAAAAAGUUACAAGAUGCGCUGAAUGCUGGCGCGAUGGAUGAAAAUGCCGGACUAUCUCCACAACGGCGAGGAUUUUCAGGUGGCUGUCGCGCACCAGCGGAUGACAAAAGUAAAGAUGGUGCCUCUAGCAGUAGUGGAUUUGGCAAUGAGAGCGGAUGGACUGGUGUUGAGCGCGAUCGUGAACGCGUUGGGCCGAACAAUGCAAAGAGCUGGCGAGGCGGAUCGAAUGGUGGUUCUGAAAAAUAUUCUGGAAAGAGCAAUGACUUCAAGUUACCUUUCCAAAGAUCUACCGGAUCGAAUGUACGUAGUGCGGGUGCGAACUCGACUGGCUCGUGGAGGUCGGAAAUGAAGGAUCGUGGUCCUUCAUUAGGUGGUGGGAAGUAUUCACAAGGAAAGAACAGGGAAGAUCGUGAGCGUGGGGAACGCAUGCCGGAGUGGGCUGAUGGACCUACAACCAUGGAUGACAUGAUUGAAUUGCGUGGAUUUGAGGAACCGGUUAAAAAAGGAAAGAAAGGAAAUCGUGGGAAAGAAGACAAGGAUAAGGAUAAAGAGAAGAAAGCUGAAUCUAGAAAGGAGUCGGUCGAGAACGGGAAACUGGAAAAACCACGAACCGCUGAAGAUUCGGCCAGUACAGCCACUUCUGCUUCGCGUGCUGCUGGACCUGCUCUGCCGGAGACUGAUGCUGAAUUCGCGGCGAUUUUGGGUUUGCUCGAUGUGCAAGAUGAUAGCACGAUGUCCAGCCUUUUCGACAAGGCGACAAUUCUGCCAGAAGAUAAUUCGUCGUCUACCACUACGGGCAGUCGUCUUAGUCGCUUUUUCAAGAACAACAAUCAGACGAAUGAGUCGGCACAAAACACUCGUAGCACAAGCCAGGAAGAGUCACAAGCAGCGAACCCACUGUUGGCAAAAAUUUUCGCGCAAACUCCAUCAUCUGGGGGACAGACUCCGCAAAACACGCAGGGUAAUCCGUCUAUGCCUCCAACUGUGAUAGGUCCUGGAGGUGUCCGAGCUAUGCGACUAGAGGACUUGGAGAAAGCGAUCAGCUCAAAGGACUCUCGCAGUGGAUCGAUAACGAAGGGCAAUCCACUGCAAGAUCCCAGUCAACAGGCCCAUCUUCUCAGCAGAUUGCAGAACUUUGCAAAGCAACAGGAAGAAACCGCACCGCCGCCAUCUGUGGGUCCAGCAACGGCAACAACCGGUGGUGUGACACCUUCUCUUGGUGGAGUAUUUCCGCCAAGUGCAUCACCGUUCAUUCCUCCAGUUCUGCCUCCUGGUGCUCCUAUGGUGCCUCCUGCUUUACUAGCUCGAAUGGCAGCAGAGAAUCCGGCUCUUGUACAGGCUCAUAUUCAGGCGCAGCUUCAUCAAGCUAUGGCAGCACAGUUGGCGGCUGCUCAGUCAAACGGAGGAGUUGGCAUUCCUCCCGCGCAAAUGCAUGAACAGAUUCGAGCGAGCCUUCUACGUCUUCAGCAACAGCAGCUUGUUGCUGCCGCCGCAGCACAGGGAAAACUGGGAAAGGUGCGUCCUCCUACUCAGAUGAUUCCGUCAUCAGUGCAACGUCAGAUGAACAAGGCGAGUACAUCACAACCAGAUGAGGCAUCUCAUCGUGGAGCACGCUCGGAGCAGGAUGGAAGUCCUACCCAUCUCAGUGACACUGAUCCCCUGGAAGCUGCUGCUCGAAACAACGCAGAUAUGCUGAAGAAAAUGCAUAUGCAACAUCAAUACGCAGCUAUGAUGAAUGCUAUGCAAGGCGGUCUACCUAUGGCAGCAUGGCGCCCUCCACCACCAAAUAGUAACAGCGCUGUUCCUCCGAACGCGCAAGUUCAGGCUCAAAUGCUCAUGCAAAUGGCGCAGGUGCAGCAGUUAGCGCAUGUUCAGCAACAACUUCGUAUCAAACAGCAGCAGCAGGCUGCUCUUGCAAAGCUCAUGCAAUUACAGCACGGUCAUCAACAGGCAGUCGCUGCUGCAGCUGGGAUGCAGAUUCCAAAUACAGCUGACCGCAACUCGCACAACUUCGGAAGCUCUUCAUCGUUUGGUGCUGGAGCUGACCUAUCUGGUCCCAUCCAAAGUCCUCUGGAGAAACUGCUUGCUGCUGCUGGCGUCCAGCCUUCUCAGUUCACCGGCGCUUCGUCAGACAGCAGCAGUUCUUUCCAAGGCGGGUCUCAGAGUGUUGCUCACGGAGCACGAAUGCCGCCACCAUCUGUUCGACCGAUGAGUUUGGAAGAGUUGGAGCGUAAGCUGACCGAACAGACUAAGUGA